CCGUCGUUGCGGCUGUUGCGUUCAAGUGGCGCAGUGUCCCGUCUGGAGGCAGAGAGGGCGAAGUUUCACUCUGCAUUGCAGCCUGAGCGCUGCUGCUGGAAUUCAACACAACAAUGGCGACUCCCAGUCCUAACAGCAACUCCACUAGCUCCAGCAACAGCAGCAACAUCGUAGGAUCCACGUCGCAUCAACUCCACCAGCAGACACAGAGCAGCAGCAUGCAAGAAACCAACACCUGCUGGAGAUGUCAAAAUGAAACAGGGUUUCAAAUAAGCCUGUCUGGAAUACCCCAAAGUAAACGCAAAGCUCUGAAACUGAAUUUUGCCAACCCUCCAGUGAAACCGGCAUCCAGGCUCCCGCUCAAUCCAACUGCUCCCUCUUUCCAGAAUCCUCACAUAGAGCGCCUACGGACGCACAGUAUUGAGUCGUCCGGGAAGCUGAAGAUCUCCGCUGAGCAGCACUGUGACUUCACUGCAGAGGAUCUGAGAGACCUCGGUGAGAUCGGCCGCGGGGCGUACGGCUCCGUCAACAAGAUGGUCCACAAGCCCACGGGCCAGAUCAUGGCUGUGAAGAGGAUUCGCUCCACUGUGGAUGAGAAGGAGCAGAAGCAGCUGCUGAUGGAUCUUGACGUGGUGAUGAGGAGCAGUGACUGUCCCUACAUUGUUCAGUUCUACGGCGCCCUCUUCAGAGAGGGGGACUGUUGGAUAUGUAUGGAACUUAUGUCUACCUCAUUAGACAAAUUCUACAAAUAUGUAUAUUGUGCAUUAGAUGAUGUCAUUCCAGAGGAAAUAUUAGGGAAAAUAACAUUAGCAACCGUUAAAGCACUGAACCACUUAAAAGAAAACUUGAAAAUAAUUCACAGAGACAUCAAACCUUCCAACAUUCUUAUGGACCGAAAGGGGAAUAUCAAACUGUGUGAUUUUGGCAUCAGCGGUCAGCUGGUGGACUCCAUAGCCAAGACCAGAGAUGCCGGCUGCAGGCCUUACAUGGCACCUGAAAGGAUAGACCCCAGUGCUUCCAGACAAGGCUACGAUGUCCGGUCUGAUGUGUGGAGUUUGGGAAUCACCCUGUAUGAGCUGGCCACAGGAAGAUUUCCCUACCCAAAGUGGAAUAGUGUUUUCGAUCAGCUGACACAGGUGGUGAAAGGCGAGCCGCCCCAGCUCAGCAACUCAGAGGAGAGGCAGUUCUCCCCCAAGUUCAUCAACUUUGUUAACCUAUGCCUUACAAAGGAUGAAUCAAAAAGGCCAAAGUAUAAGGAGCUUCUGAAACACCCCUUCAUCCUGAUGUAUGAGGAGCGUUUUGUGGAUGUCGCCAGUUACGUGUGUCGCAUCCUGGAUCAGAUCCCCGCCUCUCCCAUCUCUCCUAUGUAUGUUGACUGACAGAGUUAGUCGAGGCAGGGUGGGGUGAGGGAUCGUCACCCGACGUGUAGUGGGUUGGACACUAAGAUUUGUGAUGCGAAGCUUGACAUCUUAGCCCUCAGAGUUAUUUAGGAUCAUUGUUUUAUUCACAUGUUCCAAAGAACAAAGGAACUAAGUCCAAAUUGCUCCAUGCAACGAGACGAAUAUCCCUCAGCAAACCUUUCCCGUCACCUCAUUCUGAAACGUUGUCAUUCAUCUUCAGCCAGAAAAACUUGAAGAGAGAAUAUUGUCUUAGUAAAAUGCAAUGCAUCUGUGUAUGUGAGGAAAAAGGAAUAGAGUAUACAUAUAUGGAAUAUAUAUACUUGAACUCGUACACGAAUACAGAAUUUACCAAAUAAAAUGUUGAACAGUGACGCUCAUGAUGUAUGAACAAAAAAUAGCCACCUAAUGGAUUGUACCUCGUGGACUGUGUGUAUGCAUAUGCGUUUCAUCUCUGAACUGUUGGCAUGUACAGAUGUAUGCAGACAGACCUACUCUAAACUCAUGCAGUUUGUUCUGAGCACCUUCACUCAUAGUAAAUGGUUGAGUAUGCAAGAGUGUUUCUUUCUGGAAAGCUCAUGGAUUCGGUAGUGUGGCUUUAUCUUUCCCCCCCCCCGAUAUGCAAUCUGUGAGAAGUUGUCUUGAUAGAAGAUUAGGACUGCUGACAUUUCUCACGUACUGGCCUCAGUUUGUCUCUUUUUGGUUAUCAUUGUGUUGAGUCACAAAGCUAAGCAUCUUAUUUUCUCAUUGAGAAUUUCCCCUUUUAGUCUUGUUAAACUGCAGUAGAACAACAGAAGGCUAAAAUGAUAAAACAUUAUUUGUUUUGUACGAUACAAAAAUAUAGAAGAAUAAUUAAACUCCUAAAACUUUGGUCCAAAAUAUACAAAUUGAACAAAUGUGUCAGCUAUAGCUACACUACGAUACUGCAAAAAUGCCUUUUUAUCAUGCUGCAGUUAAUAUAUUUUGAUUCAAAUUGCCAUCGUAGUAAAUGUUAGCUAAAAUGGGAAGCCUGCUAGCUAAAAAAAGUUAAAAGAUUAGCAGUAUAAGGUAUACUAGUUAAAUAGAAAAAAUGAUGUAGUUCUAGUCAAAUGUCUAAAAAAAUAUUAAAAUUUCUAUUUAAUAAAUAAAUUCACAUCUAACAGUAUAUUUAAUUUUUUUGGUGUUCACUGAAAACCUGCUAGCUAAAUAUGUGGUAAAAGAUUUUUGAUAUUAGCAAAACAAGGUAAAGUAUUGUGUAAAAACAUACACUAACAUCAAAGACUUGCAGAAUAUAAUAUGCUAACAAAGCAGAAAAAUAUAUAAAAUUGCUUCUUUUUGUACAACUCACUUGAAUGUAAAUGUGUAUAAAAAUGAGAAUACCUGGUAUUCUAAACCUUUUGUACAUUAUGUAGUUUAAACAUAGCCUCUAGCUAACGGGUAAGGUAAAAAUAUUUUUUAAAUAAUUUUGAAGUUAAAGUACUGAUUGAGAUGCACAGUUACCACUAGAUAAAAACGAGAAGCCUGUUACAAAAAUUUAUUUAAAAAUUAUUUUAUUUUUUUUCAACGUAUCUUUGUUUCUGGUAAGGUCAAAUGUAAGAUGAAGCAUUUGUUAGCAUCGCAGCUUAGCUAAGUAGGAAGCAGAGCGACAAUAUGACCAAUGAAUUUUAUUUAUACAUCACAAAAAUAAGAUGUGUUUUGUGAUGUAUAAAUCUAAAUGUGUAUGUAUAAUAAAACUUGACUUAUAAAAACAUUUGGUUCAUAUUGUAUAAAACAAGUUGUAUUUGUUUGGCUAAUGGUAGAUCUUUUUUGAGGUGAGCUAAAAAUCUUUUGUUUUUUUUUGUUUUUUUUAUACUUCACAUAAAAUAAUUUUUCAUUCAGAUGUUAGAACACUGAAAAGUUCCCUCAAAACAUUGACGUUAUUGAAAGAGGGUUUUUGAGAUUUUUAGCUCAGCUGUUUCGAAGAAAAAGUCGAACUAUAGCCUUGGCGUCAUUGGCGUCUGUCCCAUUAAAAACUUUCGCAUUGGUCAUAACUCGAGCGAGCUCACUUAGAAUGUUCAAAUUCACACCAUACAUGUAUCUACUGAAAAUCUCAGAGUUCAAAUUGCGGCGACCUUGACCUUAAGCUAAAGGUCAGAGGUUGAGAUUUCUGAAAACCUGAACGCAAUAACUCAAGGAUGAUGUGACCUGAUGUUCAAAUUCAGAACUAUAGAUACAUACUGUUCAAGCUAGACCCAUCAGACUUCACACACUUGUUCACUGACUUUACCCGUUACAAAUCCAAAACAGUCGAGCGUUAGCAUUCGCUCAGUGGUGCUCUUGGUUAGGCAUUGUCAGAGAAUAACUUAUAAAAAAAUGGAUGCUUAACUUUGUGACGUUGGCCAAAUGAUAACACGAGGCAUCAAGUGGAGCUAAUCCAAUGCUAAAUUAGCUUAUUCCACUGCAGGAACCUGGGGGCAGGUGGGAGAUGACCCAUGCGUUUACAGUCUUCUGGUUGGCCCUUUGAUUUUUUUUUUUUUUUUUUUGCAUUUUAUUAUUAUUACUUUUUUUGUUUUUGCAGAAUCUGACUUAAGAAAAAUAUAUGUAAUAAUAAUAAUAAUUUUUUAACAGUUUCACCUGCAGUUUAAAUGUAACCAGUCUGCAUUAAGGCAAACUUGUCAGUUUUUCAGAGCCAACCAGAAGUCUCCCAGAGUAGGCAUCUUUGUUUCAGUUCCUACAGCAUUAGUUUGUGCAGCUGCAACAUGCAAAGAGGCCACUCUGUAGUUCCUGUAGUGGAAGAUGUCCUAUAGCCUGGUGUAAAGUUAGUUUAGGACGUUAUGUCUGCUUAUGUAAAUGUGUCUGUAUAUAGCACAUCUAAUCUGCUGAUUCUGGCAGGUUCUGCUCAACAGUUAAGGCUCCUUCCUAAACACAGAUGGUCAAAGCAAGCACCAAGAUGGGUCCAGGGUGCAACAAUGUCUCAGUUUGGGAAUGAGCUUUAAUCCCACCUGGUAGCCUGUCAGCACUGUACAGUUAAACUUCUCAUCCACACUGAUCACAGAUCCACCGUGCUAGUAGCAGUAACUACAUGUUUAAAAGUCUAGGCAUGGGAGUUUUAUCAAAAAACAAACAAAUAAAAACUGUAAAUGCUGCUAAAUCACAAAUUAUCGACUUCCAUACAAAGUACAGAACCGUGAGGAGAGGAGGCAGCUCACUCCUCACAGUUACUGCUUUUUGACCCUUCACCAUGGACUCAGCAUGUUUCUCCAUGACUCAGCAUAUCUUUCUGGCUUGCACUGAUGAUAGAAUGUUUCCACGCCAAACCACGUAAUAAACUCGGAUGCAUCUCCAUAAUUGAGAAUACGCGUCUCACUCGUCUUCUUUCAUCAGUCCUAAUAUGCUGGAGUUUAACACACUAGUGUAGCAGGAGAAGGUCAACGAGAGGCCACAAUUUUGAGACUAUUGAGAUGCACCCGUCAUCAUUCCUUCUCAGAAAGCCAUGUCUACCAGGCGGGGCCAGUUACCUGCAGAAUGGAAGGACAAAUAUCACACUACUUGUUAGCUACUUAACCAAACUGGAUGGAUGGUGGUCCUCUAAGUCUGGGACACUGUAGAGAUUCACAGGUGUUCUGUAUAUUGGAAACUAGCCACCAUUGUUGGGGUGGGUUGUUUAAAAAGUGAAAUACUUUUGGCCUAUUUGGGAGGGCAACACAUUACAACCAAUUAGGUGGCGAUACGUCGUAGACUGGCCACGAUUCUCUCACUGAGAGGUCAGUCAGCGCUCUCCUCUCAUUUCUAUUUGUGACGCAAAAUGGUGCAAACCCCUGAGAAAGCCCACAGAUGGCGCUGUUUAGCUGCAAGCUGUCUCUAGAUCUGUUUAUUCUGUCAUGUGUUUCCAGGAAGCUAACUUGAUGCUGGUGACUCUCCAGGGUACAUGUUGUAUAAAUUGCAAUUUACUAGAAUGUUCAUAUUAGAUUAUAAGAUAAUAUUAAGGGCAAUGAAUAUUCUAUUGUAUCUUUA